UGACAGUUCUUCCGCACUGCAUCUCCCGGCAUGCCCCGGUGCGGGUCCCGUGACUGGAUGCGGCCAAGAUGGCGGAUGAGCGGAGCGGGGGCCCGCGGGUGGUGCGGAUAGUGAAGUCGGAGUCCGGUUACGGGUUCAAUGUACGGGGACAGGUCAGCGAGGGCGGCCAACUGAGGAGCAUCAACGGGGAGCUGUACGCCCCUCUACAGCAUGUCAGCGCCGUACUACCGGGGGGAGCCGCCGACCGAGCCGGGAUCCGCAAGGGGGACCGGAUACUGGAAGUGAACGGUGUCAAUGUAGAAGGGGCCACCCACAAACAAGUGGUGGAUCUGAUCCGGGCCGGAGAGAAGGAGUUGGUCCUCACCGUUCUGUCCGUCCCGCCACACGAAGCCGAGAACCUGGACCCCAGCGACGACUCCUCGGGACAGUCCUUCUACGACUACACCGAGAAACAGGCCGUGCCCAUCUCCAUCCCCACCUACAAACACGUGGAGCAGGGCGGGGAGAAGUUUGUGGUUUAUAACGUCUACAUGGCCGGCAGGCAGCUGUGCUCCAAACGAUACCGGGAAUUCGCCAUCCUGAGCCAGAACCUCAAACGGGAGUUUGCCAACUUCACCUUCCCCCGACUACCGGGCAAGUGGCCCUUCUCACUGUCCGAGCAACAGCUGGACGCCAGGAGGCGGGGCUUAGAGGAAUUCCUGGAGAAAGUUUGCUCUAUACGGGUGAUCGGGGAAAGUGACAUCAUGCAGGAGUUCCUGUCCGAGUCCGAUGAGAAUUACAACGGGGUGUCCGACGUAGAACUCCGCAUUGCGUUACCGGACAAGACCACCGCCACUGUCCGCGUCAAGAAGAACAGCACCACCGACCAGGUGUACCAGGCCCUCGCUGCCAAGAUCGGAAUGGACGGCAUCACCGCCAACUACUUUGCCCUGUUUGAGGUCAUUAAUCAUUCCUUUGUCAGGAAAUUGGCCCCCAACGAGUUCCCUCACAAGCUCUACGUCCAGAACUACACCUCGGCGGUGCCGGGGACCUGCCUCACCGUGCGCAAGUGGCUGUUCACCACCUCCGAGGAGCCUCUGCUGAAGGACAACGACCUGGCCGUCUCCUUCUUCUUCCACCAGGCGGUGGAUGACGUGAAGCGCGGUUAUAUUAAGGCGGACGACAAAUCCUACCAAUUACAGAAGCUCUGUGAGCAGCGGAAAAUGUUAAUGUACCUGAACAUGCUGCGGAGCUGUGAAGGUUACAACGAGAUCAUGUUCCCGCACUGUUCCUGCGACUCCCGCCGGAAGGGCCACGUCAUCACCGCCAUCAGCAUCAAGCACUUCAAACUCCUCGCCUGUACGGAGGAGGGGCAGCAAGAGAACCAGGUGAUCGCCUUUGAGUGGGACGAGAUGCAGAGGUGGGACACGGACGAGGAGGGGAUGGCGUUCUGCUUCGAGUAUGCCCGGGGGGAGAAGAAGCCCCGAUGGGUGAAGAUCUUCACUCCGUAUUUUAAUUACAUGCACGAAUGUUUUGAGCGAGUUUUCUGUGAGCUGAAGUGGAGGAGAGAGGUGGAGGAACAAGCGACCGACAAAGACAACAAGAACUGCACCCAUGACAGUACGUGCAGCAAGAACAUCUUUCAGAUUGUGCGAUUGCAGCACAAGGACACUAGCACCUAGCAGCCGUGUGCCGGCCUCCUCGGAUCAGAACCUGCCCACACCACACCCCCUUCUCCCCCCCCCCUCCCUCGGCGGACCCCUCCCCCCCCGGGGUCACUGCUCGGCAGCAUUUCAUCGUCAUGAAGAGAAGACUGAAUUGUUCGACCUCCUCCGGCGCAGGACUCUCGGCUACAGCUCAGUACAGCAUGGCGGGAGAGAGGGGGGGGCGGGGCAUGUCGCCCGCAAGCCCUUGACUUUUAACAAGGAUCCGUGUUUUUUUUUUUUUUUUUUUUUAUAUCAUCAGCGUCAUGGAAACCUGAGCAAUCCCGGUCUGAUACCUCCGGCCCUUCAGUUGCAUCGUAGUGCAGAUCCCCCUCCCCCACCAUCCUCCCUUUUCUGCCCUGCAACCUACCCUGCAUGUGUAUUAACCCCUCCCCCCUUCCCAAUCCUCCUAACACUAAACCCAACACUCUGCACUCUAACCUCAAAUCUUAGCUUUGUCACUGGACUGGAUUCCGCCGCCCAGCGGCCGGUGCCGAGGCACCAAUGGGCAUCACUGUCACCAGUUUUUAGGGUUUAUUCAGGACCUAGGAUCAGUCUCCAUCUUUUUCUACCAUCACCUGUACAUACUUCACCGUUCUUUUACACAUUUCAUAGUGGGGAGACCACCUCGCUCGUCUGCCUGUCCCCCUCCCCCGCACCUCAUUCCCGGGGGAGGGGGGGGGAGAGGUCACAGCACCCUCUUUCCAGGUAAGGGUGUCACUUGGGUUACGUAGGAAGUUUUUGCCGUUUUGGUUGGACGCCUUGCCUUUAGGAUCUGCUAGGUUAUUGGGUAACCAUUGCCCCCUGAUCUGUGGGGGAGGGGGUUCCUCUAGGGGGGGCGGGGCUCAGUUCUGUUUUUUGCUGUUUCACGUCAAGUGCUAUUAUUUUAUUUUUUAUGUUGCAACUGUCUAUUAUGUGCCAAACAGUAUUAACCGGACCCGGAAAACCAGGACUGGGUCAUAGCAAUUCGGGACCAUUGAGAUGACUCCUAGCUGCAGUUCCAUAAAAAGGGUUCCGUUGUCGGCUGCCUCAGUGUCCAUACUGUGACCUGCUGUGCUAGUCCUGUAAUGGGGGACCGGGGUGUGGCAGGGCCCCCGGUUAUCUCCUCCUCGGGGCUUCAACUUUUUAAUGGCCUUUAUUGGAUGAUCUUACAGCUAACUGAGCAGUGCCCGUCUUUUUAGGCAUCCUAUACGGCUCUCUGACUGGCCUGUGCUCUCCGAAUGUUGUGUGUGUGACUGACUGGCUCGCCAUAACCUGAAUGUCAUUUUGUGAUUCUGACCGACUUGUGUGAACUGAAUAAUCGUGUGACACUCUCUGACCAGCUUGCGUGAAAUGAACAUCAUGUCACUCUCUGACCGGCUUGCGUGAAAUGAACAUCAUGUCACUCUCUGACCGGCUUGCGUGAAUUGAACAUCAUGUCACUCUCUGACCGGCUUGCGUGAAUUGAACAUUGCAUGUCACGCUCUGACUUGCCUGAACUGAGCGUCGCACACCACUCUCUGACCGGCUUGCGUGAAAUGAACAUCAUGUCACUCUCUGACCGGCUUGCGUUAAUUGAACAUCAUGUCACUCUCUGACCGGCUUGCGUUAAUUGAACAUCAUGUCACUCUCUGACUGGCUUGCGUGAAUUGAACAUUGCAUGUCACGCUCUGACUUGCCUGAACUGAGCAUCGCGCACCACUCUCUGACCGGCUUGCCUGAAUCGAACAUUGUGUCGCACUCUGACCGUCUUGGUUGAACAUCAUGUCACGCUCUGACUUCUGAGAACUGAACGUUGCGUGCCUCUGACCGGCUUGUGUGAACUGAAUGUCGUGUUGACUGGCUUGUAUGAACUGAACAUCGCGUCAUGCUCUCUGACUGGCUUGUGUGAACUGAACGUUGCGCACCACUCUCUGACCGGCCUGCGUGACUUGAACAUCGUGUCGUGCUCUGACCAGCUUGUGUGAACAUCAGUUCGCACUCUGACUUGCGUGAGCUGAACGUAGCGUGCCUCUCUGAUUGGCUUGUGGGAACUGAACGUUGUGUCACGCGCUGACUGGCUUCCAUGAACUGAACACUGUGUGCCCCUCUCUGACUGGCUUGCGGGAACUGAAUGUCGCGUGCCACUCUGACUGGCUUGCGGGAACUGAAUGUCGCGUGUCACUCUGACUGGCUUGCGGGAACAGAAUGUCGCGUGCCACUCUCUGACUGGCUUGCGGGAACUGAAUGUCGCGUGUCACUGACUGGCUUGCGGGAACUGAAUGUCGCGUGCCCCUCUGACUGGCUUGCGGGAACUGAAUGUCGCGUGCCCCUCUGACUGGCUUGCGGGAACUGAAUGUCACGCCUCACUCUCUGACUGGCUUGCGGGAACUGAAUGUCGCGUGUCACUCUCUGACUGGCUUGCGGGAACUGAAUGUCGGGUGUCACUCUCUGACUGGCUUGCUGGAACUGAAUGUCGCGUGUCACUCUCUGACUGGCGGGAACUGAAUGUCGCGUGUCACUAUCUGACUGGCUUGCAGGAACUGAAUGUCGCGUGCCCCUCUCUGACUGGCUUGCAGGAACUGAAUGUCGUGUGCCCCUCUGACUGGCUUGCGGGAACUGAAUGUCGUGUGCCCCUCUGACUGGCUUGCGGGAACUGAAUGUCGCGUGUGACUCUCUGACUGGCUUGCGGGAACUGAAUGUCGCGUGCCCCUCUGGCUUGCGGGAACUGAAUGUCGCGUGUCACUCUCUGACUGGCUUGCGGGAACUGAAUGUCGCGUGUCACUCUGACUGACUGGCUUGCGGGAACUGAAUGUCGCGUGUCACUCUCUGACUGGCGGGAACUGAAUGUCGCGUGUCACCCUCUGACUGGCUUGCAGGAACUGAAUGUCGCGUGCCCCUCUGACUGGCUUGCGGGAACUGAAUGUCGUGUGCCCCUCUGACUGGCUUGCGGGAACUGAAUGUCGCGUGUCACUCUGACUGACUGGCUUGCGGGAACUGAAUGUCGCGUGUCACUCUCUGACUGGCGGGAACUGAAUGUCGCGUGUCACUCUCUGACUGGCUUGCGGGAACUGAAUGUCGCGUGUCACUCUCUGACUGGCUUGCAGGAACUGAAUGUCGCGUGUCACUCUCUGACUGGCUUGCAGGAACUGAAUGUCGCGUGUCACUCUCUGACUGGCUUGCAGGAACUGAAUGUCGCGUGCCCCUCUGACUGGCUUGCGUGAACGGAAUGUCGCGUGUCACUCUCUGACUGGCGGGAACUGAAUGUCGCGUGCCCCUCUGACUGGCUUGCGUGAACGGAAUGUCGCGUGUCACUCUCUGACUGGCUUGCGGGAACGGAAUGUCGCGUGUCACUCUGACUGGCUUGCGGGAACGGAAUGUCGUGUGCCACUCUCUGACUGGCUUGCGGGAACUGAAUGUCGCGUGUCACUGACUGGCUUGCGGGAACUGAAUGUCGCGUGUCACUCUCUGACUGGCUCGCGGGAACUGAAAUAAAGGGGAAAACAGGAUUUAAUAAACGGUGACAGAGAAGACUAACGUAAAGGGUCUGAGAGAAGCUCGAGCUGCUCCACUGUGACCCUCUAAAUCGAGAAGGGGGAUCUAGAAAUGUAACGGGUCCAUCACACCAGGGGUGAGAGUCCAGAAGGAUAUUUUAUGGAAUGAAAAAAAAAA